CUCCAUCAAGCAGUCGCAUCGAUACCCCGUCCACAGGUCCAUCCAAAAGCAAAAUAUAAACUUCACUAGUCUCUGUGAUGGAGGACGAACCGUGCGUCGUGGAGGACACAGAAACUGACACUGUGCGCUGAGAAAUCCACACAUCUGUUGGAGGCAGACCCUGUAAGGCUUACCCAUGUCACUCUCAUCAAACAGACGGCCCUCUGCUGGACAACGCAGACGACCCACUGGUACAGUCAGUACUCGGCAUUCUCACGGUGACUCCUCCACCAGCAGCAAUUACUUAACAUCCUGCAAGGGCACAGAAAGCAAUACCAUACCCCUCUCACAUCCAGCUACACCUCGGCGGCGUGGGAAGUAUGCGGCCUGCAGUGAGAAUCAUGGGAUACGGCCGCCAGCGCCUGAGCAGUACCUUACCCCGCUGCAGCAGAAAGAAGUGUGCAUUCGUCACCUGCGUGCCCGCCUCAAAGAGAACGUGGAGAGGCUGCAGGACAGGGACUCAGAGAUAGAGGACCUGCGCAUGCAGCUGACGCGGAUGCAGGAGGAUUGGAUCGAAGAGGAAUGCCAUCGAAUCGAGGCACAGCUGGCCCUGAAAGAGGCUCGGAAGGAGAUCCAGCAGCUCCAGCAAGCCGUGGACACGGUCCGGACCAACCUGGCAAGCCGUGACUCUGACCAGCCUGACUUCCAGUCGGACGGGGUUAUUGGGGGCAGGUUGGGCCUCCGAUUGGGAGCCUCCAGGUCCUGUGGCUGCUCUCCUGCUCGCACCAUCAACCGCAGCGCCACCUUCACCAGGCUGAGGAGCGAGACGCCGCCCGGCACAGACCAUAAUGACAACGUGCCCUUCGAGGUUCACACUCCCGCCAGCCGACGAGCGACGACCUUGCCCAGAGGCGAUGGGCGCACCCAUCUCCUUUUGGAGGCAGCCCUUCUGUCGGAGCAGGUGCCACACACACCACUUUGCUCCACCUUGUCACGCUCCUCCACCUAUGACAAGUUGUAUAGUGGCGAGACAGUCCUGCCCAUCAGCCGACCCUGCCACACACUCAACAACUGUAGCUGCGUGGCCCACGCCUAUCCACCUCACCACCACCUCUUCUUGCACCUCCCACAAGAUGACGCUCCCCCUCCACCUCCUCCACCACCUGCACCCUCAGCGCCCCCUACUGCUUCAGAUGUGACUAGUGACAGGCCUGGCUUCAGAUCACAAGCCUGCAGUCCCACGAUCACCUGGAUCUCAGAAGAAGAGGGUGGUGGUGAAGAACUGAGCUUCAUCAGCUCAACUCCAUUUGCACCAGAUCUCACUCUUGCCGAGCCACAGACAUUUUCAGUGUCUUCCAUGACCAUUUCACCUGCGCAGGUGUCGUCCCUCACAGAGCCUUUGCCUCCAGAAAACCUUGCAGAGUUAACAUCAUCCACAACAACUACACCCACGGUGUUGCCUACGACACAGAUCCAGCAACCUUGUCCUAGAGCAUCUCCACUCACACAGCUGCUACCGCAGGGACUGAAGGCAGAGGGGUUAAACGAAGAACAUGGCAUGGACGUGGCCAGUACUGAGGAGGGGGAACUAGAACAAGCUCCUCAACGGAGCCACUGGAGCCGCUACUUCCUGAUUGACCUUCUAGCAGUAGCGGUGCCAGUAGUGCCAACAGUGGCGUGGCUCUGUCGGCGGACCCAGGAUGAAGGGGUGCCUAUGUACCACAUGGGCUCGCUGCUCCGCGGCUGCUGUGCAGUGGCACUUCAUUCCCUGAGAAGGGUCAGCAGCAGCCGUGCCCCCACAGGGACAGGAGGUGCAACUACAGUCUAAAUAUAGGCCCUGUAUAAGCAGACAAUGACCUGGGGCAGGUUUUACUAAAGGCAAGGCCUGUACUACUUGGUUAAUAGGCCCAUAAGUGAAACAGACAAUAAAACGAUCUACAAUUUAAAAAAAAAAAAAGGAAAAAAAAAAGGCUCUUGGUCUUGGAGCUAAUGCCACCGAUGUAGGCGUUGACUCAGUUCACGACUCUUGCUCAUUUCCUCCAAUUAUGUGUCUGUUUUCCUUUUUCCUCUUCUGCUCCUAUCAACUGGUUCCUUUCAUCUCAGCCUUUUGGCUCUGCUAGAACAAAGUACAAAAUCAAAAACCCACCACUUUAAACCUUACAUAUGAAACAAUGCUUCUUUGAAAUACAGUGCGUAGUAGGUAACUGGUAAUGUUUUUUUUGUUGGUUUUUUUUUAGGGUUUUUAGCCACAUUGUAUUUGGCUAUGCCUCAUUAAUAUGAGUGUUUUAUCACAAACCCAGAACCAGUUUUUCCUGUAAAGGAAGAAAUGAUGGAACUGAGUAAGGAAACAUGCCACUAAUGUGCCUCUGGCUGAAGGAAUGUCUUAAGAUUGCUGAAUGUCUCAGGACUGCAGAGUGCCCAGUGUUUGUUUAAGACUUGUUCAAUAUAUUUAUUUAAGCGAUCUCAGGCUGAAUUCUGAAUGUAUAGCAAGCACAUAAAAUUCAAGAUCUUGUCACUUAGCCAGCACGCUUCAGUUUAAAUCUAGACUCUACGCUACAGUUCAUCUUCUCUGUUGAACAGCUAAGCAGCACUGCUCAGUAGUAUGUAUGGAUCAAGAGUAGACGUGUGUAGUCCAAACAGGCUUACAGUCGAUUUCUGCUUGGUGUUUAUCACCUUAUAUCUCAUUUACAUUUUUAUGCUGAGUUUAGCACUUUAAAUCAAGCAAAGAGCAUUACUUGAAAAUCAGGGCUGUGUUGCAUGCGUUCAGAUUAGCUUGGUGAAUGUUUAUCAAAUUAUGCAUUAGAACUGUAGAUGAUCAGACAUGAUUAAGAAGCCAUGCACUCCAAAAAUGGAUUUAAAUCAGGGAUGUCAAGAGACCAAUCUAAUAGCUCCAUGUGAAGCCUGGUUACAUUGCAUGUUAGAUCAGAGACUCCAGUAGAUAUGAGAGUGGACUAGCAAACUCCCUUUGUUUUAAUGGACAUCAAUGCAUAAGAAUCUUCUAAAAUUAAUCUUAAUUUACAAGAAAAUACUACUCACCAAAUGCUAUUUUACAAAUGUAGUCAAUAGCCAGCAAGGCCUUGAAGAGGUUUUUGGAGUAGGUCUUUCCUGUAAAUAAUGUGUGGUUUCAAAAUAAAAUAUUUGUCUUUAAAUGACCAUUAUCCUCUUUCUGUGCACAAGUCAGCAGCAGCCACUGUAAUUAAUAUUAAUAUGCUCUUCAAAUACAUCACUAAGCCCAUCUGCAUAGCUUGCAAAUCUCAAGAUGAAGGAAACCACACCAUUAAGUCAAACAUGUGUUGUCUUUUUAUAAACAAUGUUUAUUUAAGUAGUUUGUUUCAGAAUUAUCCAAAUUUCCCCAACAGAGUACAGACUACCAGCUCAGCCAAAGCCCUGUUGUACUGAUCGUGUUUACAACACAGAAAUCAAAUACAAAAAGAGGGAGAAAGGAGAAAGGUUUCAUAGUGAACAUCCAGUGGGUGAGAGCAUGCCAAUGAUCGUGUCUAACUGGAAAGGAA